UUUAUCUUUGUGUUGUAGAAUGCGCUGGUAAUGCUCUUUAGCGCAGGAGCAUUAUUGCGUCGAAUUUCUGCCGAUAUGCGCCUACACGAAGUGCAUUUAGUCAGUUUGUUCAGCUUGCGUCUUUUCUCUACCGUCGCUGGACGUUCCUUGCAAAAACUGAAGUUAUCGAACAAUGCGGGAGAUUAUGCGUGCGAUAGUAUUUUUUGCUACAUCCCGUUGCUUCAAAGGGCGCUGGAGGCAGGAAUUCGACAUGAUUGGCAUACGCUCAAGUUGAAGAAGCCGUCGGACGAGGCGAGGAUGGCCUUUGAUUCUUUGGUGGAGAAGACCACAGGGAGUCCGACGAAAUUGGACCUGGAGGUGUACAUGGCUCAAUUCUUUGAAGCUGCUGACGAUGUCUUCGCUCCUGCUUUCCCUGUUGAUUGGAGUGCAGAGCCUGAAAAGCUGAAGAGGAUUGAAGACCCGGUGUUGCGGAAAUUCGCGUUGGAUUUGAAUGCCAUUUGGCCAGACCUGACGAGGAAAACUGCGCCUUACGUUGCACUCAUGCCUGACCGCUAUGCUUAUAUCUAUGUGCCGAAUAGUCACAUAGUUCCCGGUGGACUCUUUUCUUCAUUUUAUUAUUGGGACUCUUAUUGGAUUGCUAAAGGACUGCUAGCGUCUGGAAUGACUCAGACUGUGAAAGGACUCUUGGAAAAUUUCCUGACCAUGGUGCAAAGAUUCGGUUUUGUGCCAAAUGGUGGCAUGGUGCAUUAUGAACGACGAUCUCAGCCCCCUUUCCUGAUCCCGAUGUUGAAAGAUUACGUGGACGCCACCGGUGACUGGGAUUUUUUGAAGAUGAAUAUCGAGUUGCUGGACGAAGAGUUCGAUUUCUGGAUGCGGAAUCGAACUGGGACGAUUGAGGUGGACGGGAAGAAGAGACGUAUCUUCCAUUACGAUGGUCAGGUGUUUACACCACGUCCGGAACAAAUCGAGAAAGACAUACUUAAUGCUGCCAUGUGGACCAACGUCGACGACAGGAAAAGGUUUUUUCGUGGGGUGACGUCAGCUUGUGAGUCGGGAUGGGACUUCUCCUCGCGUUGGUUCAUCAACGAAGGCACUAAUAAAGGGAACGUUUCAUUCACUGCUGCCACGUAUAUCUUGCCCGUCGACCUGCAAGCAUAUUUAACAAAAAACGCUUUGAUUUUGGCUGGCUUUCAUGGAUCGCUGGGCGAUGAAGUCAAGCGGAAAAAAUAUUCGGAUUUGCAUGAAGAACUGUGUGAUAACUUGACGCAAGUCUUUUGGAAUAAGGAGACCGGAAUGUGGGGCGAUUACGACGGUUUCAGUGGUAAGCGUCGUCCGUAUUUCUACAUAUCGAACGUUGUGCCUUUAUGGGCAGGAUGCACUGCUCCAGGAAAGUCCUUGGAUGCCACGGGGAAAAUGGUAGUGGAUUAUCUAGAUAGCUUGGGUAUGUUGAAGUACCCGGGAGGAUUGCCGGUGUCGAAUGAGACUACUGGGGAACAGUGGGAUUUUCCGAACGCCUGGACUCCCAUGAGCCACUUGGUCUUCGAAGCUCUCCUGGGGUCAGGGUCGGUAGAAGCUGAGGAAGUUGCGAUUCAGAUCGCGGAGAAAACGGUGCUCUCCGGUUAUGAAGGCUUCAUGAAACACGGAGCAAUGUAUGAAAAGUACGACGCGACCGCAGUGGGACAGCCUGGUGGUGGUGGAGAAUACGUGGUUCAGAAGGGGUUCGGUUGGACCAAUGGAGCUAUACUGGACAUGAUUUUGCGUACGAACAGAUCUUUGCGCUUGAGUCCAAUCACGAAUGCUUUGGAGCAGAAGAUGCAGCCUUCGAUCUACAAUGAAAGUCCAUCUACUUUGUCGCCUCCGCACGUCAUCAAGUCGGAUUUCACCAGCAACAUUGCUGUUUUAGCCUUGGUUGCUUUCAUCGUCAGCUUCUCUUCUUGGCUUCUGCGCUCGGUGUUGAAGAAACGAAGUGAUGUUGAGCUUGANCGAAGACUUCUCUUGGGUUGCAAAUCGAAAACCGGUUCUUGUCAGUCGGGAAGAAAAGACGAUGCUGGCAUCGGAGUGAAAGCCAAUGAUGGAUUAAGCUCGUGUCUCGACUCAGUGCCCGAGUCUGAUUCCUCAGUGAAAUCUCGAAAUCCGAAGCGGAAGGCAGAAACAUCGUUGGCUAUUAUUCCUCAAAACGAGAAGCAACCGCGCCUCGGGGGUCGGUUGCCCGGGGAACGAUUCUUUUUGCGUCGAGUUACCAAGAAGGAACCCAACGACGGGUUCAAUGAGGUUGAAUUGACGGAUAAGUUGAGCUGCGACAUCGGAAGAAUGAAAUCCUGUCAAGUGGUAUUGGAAGAUUUGCGGAUUUCGAGGAAACAUGCCCAAAUUCGGCGGGAUUUCCACGGGCGAUGGACAAUCAUCGCAUUUAGUCAAAACGGCAUUUUAGUGAACAAAACUGCUGUCGCCCCUACUUGUGAAUCCCUGUUGGAACCUGGUGACAAAAUUAUCUUCGCUAUUCAUCCACACUUCACUUAUGAGUUUAUCCGAGAAGUUGACGAUAUUGAUUCCUCGGAGGAAAUUAAGCCUCGUGUUCCCGAACGUUUGCAACAAGACCCGUUUGAUUUCGGGCUAGCUGCCGCAGACGUUAAACGACAACAACGGAAAGAAGUUGAGAUGAUUCAGAUGACGCAGAAGAAUGACAAUGACGCGAUGGUAGCUGAGUUAGAGGCGAAUAGACUGGAGCGCAUGGAACUUGAAGAGCACAUGGAAAAACUCGGCUCUGAGCUGGAAUCAAAGACUGAAACGUUGGAGAAAAAGCAGAAGGCCGAAGAAGCCUUGCGGGAGAAAAUUGAAGAACUCGCGGAAAGGGAAGCGAUCCUCAAAACCCUGCUGGAACAGCGUGAAGAGAAGUAUGGAGAAGAACUGCAACGAGUUAAACAAAAUUCCGAGGCUAAACUGCGGCAAAUUGCGGACGAGUAUCGAUCAUUGAUCGAGAGUCGUGAGGCCGAACUCGCUCAACAGAAGGAAGAAGCGCGCAUUGCUGCAGACGAAGCCAAGACUGCGGAACAGCUAGAAGAGAAGAAGCGUUUGGAGCAAUUUGAGCAUCAACUCACGGAAAUGAAAGCGAAAGCCGAAGAGGAAAUUGCUUCAGCGAAACAACAGUUGUUGGCGGACGUGGGAAGGACGAUAAACGCUGAGCUGGAGUGCCCGAUCUGUCAGGAAAUUUUCGUAAAGCGCGCGCUUUGCAAACCGGAAAACUGCGCCUUUUUCCCCACCAAUGAAAGUUCAGCGCUGCCGAAAAUGGGAUUCGAAGAACCUGCCGGCCAUAACUGGGACUUGACACUCACCCUUCACGCGCCGUUUGUGUGCUUCGAAUUGCCUGAAGAUUACACCAGGGUUGAGAUCGCGUCGAAUUUGUUCCUUAUUGUCUGGGUUUCGUUUGACCAGAACGAGAGAGCGAAGCCUGUGUUCUUCUAUCGGAAUCACCCGAAUCUCAUAGGAUCUUACGAUCCACAGAAAAUGGCUUACGUUUUCGCGCCUUUUUUGAAAAACGUACCUCCUGAUGCCGUGUUCGUUUGUUACACCUUCGUUGAAGUUGUUGAUACCCCUGAUCACUUCGAGGACUGUGCAGUGGGACUAAUGAGCGAAGCGAAUCUAAGUACAGUUAUUGAUAGGAAUCUCAUGAGGGACUUCGGUCUGAUAGGACAGCAAUUCGCCUGUGCAAUUAGGCGGCAAUCAUGCAGUUUCCGGGAGUUCGUUGAGGAGUACUUCUUCCGACCAGAUCUACUUAUGGAGAACUUCGACAGUAGAAAAUACGCGCACCUGUGUUCUCUUUACGGCUUGGAUUUCAAUCAAGAGUUGGAGAAUCACCACACGAUCCAUAAAUUCUAUUACCCGCACGUGCACCAACACAUUCCCUACGAAAUCGAGACCGAAGAAGACUUUUCGUGUCAAGAAGAUUUCGAAUACGAAUUCCCGAAUAUGGAGCAUCCGUUUCUCCAGCAUUAUCAAAAGUGCUGUGAAAGUCUGGACUCUUUGGGAGAGAAAUUGUCUGUUACUACGUUUUGCGGACAAGACGAUCGCGUCGGGCCAUUUCUUCCCCGGGAUCUCAUUUUGCGCGAGGAAGACGUUGAGGAACAGUAUUGUUCUACGGAGGACGAAGACUUUUUGUGUCAUCCGGUUCCGGAAAGAUCGCCGAACGAACAGGAUGAUGACUAGUAAUUGUGAUUCAAGGCUGUGUGUGGUGCAGCUUUUUCUCGGUUUUAAUUUACUUACUCAU